AUGCCUCCCAAGCGGAUAACGCGGCGGUCGGUAUUGUCACCUUCGCCUUCCCUUUCCGAUUUGGGCACCACACCAAAGCUCGGAAAGCGCGGCAAUAAGGUUGCAGUCGAGCAAGUCAGGAAUCAAACGCCCACCAGAUUCAGUCUCAGCUAUGGCUCCUCACUGGUAGCUCAGCCAGACAGGAACAAAACCGCCGCAGGUACUGAUCUCGAAACCGCCUUCGCCGAGAUUCACGAAACUGUCAGGACCGACAAUAUUAGGGCUGAGGCUCGCCGUCGAGAGCUUGAUGCGCGUAGGGGUAGCACCACUCCCGGUCCCAGACGCCCUGACCCCAUCGAGGAAGAAACCGAAGAGGAGGAAGAGGAGCAGGAGCCGGAAGAGAAGGAAGAACCCGACAACCAAGGUGACUAUUAUGACGACUACGACGAGGAAGAAGAGGAGCGAUUAGAAAUGCAGAGGGCAGAGGAGAGGGCACAGAAAGCAAGGGAGAAAGCGGAGAGGGACGCCGCGGAGAGAGAAAGAAAGCAAGUGGAGAAAGAGACGAAGGACAAAGAAGAGAGGGAGGAGGCAGAAAGAGCCACGAAGGAAAAGGCCGUGAAAGCAGCCAAAGCAAAGGCAGCACGUGAAGCCAAGGAACGAGCUGAACAAGAAGCCAAGAAAAGAGCACGCGACGAGGAGGAUGAGGAACGGGCCGAGCUGGAACGGGCCGAGCGCGAAGACAAGAAAAGACGUGAGCGUACUGAAGAGGCGCAGCGUCAAGCGGACCAGAAGCAUGCAGCAGAAAUUGCGCGUAAGAAGGAAGAGCAACGUCAAGCUCGAGAGGCCAUGCGACCACCCCUCCUACCUUCCAAACAACUGCUUUCGACACCACCCAAGUCGAGGACAAGGGAACUUGUGCCACCCGAUACCGGCAACAGCUAUGUCGAGGAAAGUGAUGUCUACACCGACUCAGAAAAGAGGAGGGAAGAGUUAGAGGAAGAAAGGCGACUGGCUCAGCAACAGAUGCGACUGGCUCGACUGGCUGCGCAGUAUACACCAGAGCCUCCGGAACCACCCAGAAUCGCAAGGCGGCCAGCGUCGACUCUCUCCCCCCGUUCUUUACAGUUUGCUCAAGAUCUAGUAGAUCAACAGCAAGAAUUCCUCCACACAGAGACGGAACCCAUGUCUGACAAACACUAUCCGUCCUUUAGCAAGUCGCCCAAACCAGCAACAAGACCGAACCGAACAUCCAGGCCGCUAUCUGAACAGUCAAAUACCACAAACGGGGAAACACCACCUCCUCCGUACACUACUGCUCCUACCUCCAUGCAAAGAUUACUGAGUGCGGUUCGCCGUUCGAUAUGGGUCAUGUGGAAGCUGUUCACGUACCUUCUACCAGUGCUCCUCCUCACUCUGAUUGUCUUGAGUGCGUCUUCGUAUGGUUCGUCGGAUUCGGAUAGCGGCAUCCGGUGGUAUGGCUGGAAGCACUGGAGGAGCAACGUUGGGCAAUUCAUUCCCAACCAUCCGCAAUUGACAGAUGAUCAGUUCAACGACCUCAAGGAUUACAUCCUUGAACAGUCAUCUUCCACCGAAAGUGCUGUUAAGAACAUCCAGACUCUUCUCCCCCGGAUGGUGCACGUCAAGCGCGGUCCAAAUGGCGAUCUCAUCAUUCAGGACGACUUCUGGCAUGCUCUUCUGGAUAAGAUGCUCAAGGAUAGCUCCGUUCUUACGCUAGACGGUGCAGGUGACAUAUCCGAAGAGCAUUGGGACGCACUACGACCGCGCCUUGUCAAAGCCGGGCUUUUCGAAAAGGGACCAUCGGACGAGCAUAUUAUUCAGCUUGCCGAAGGUACCGUUUCCAAAUCUUGGGAACGUUGGGUAUCCAAGAACGGGGAGAAGGUCGCGCAGGUCGUCAAAGAGCAUCUACCGGGAGACAAAGACAAAAGCGAUGGGGUUACGCGUGACGCAGUCAUUAGCAGAGAUGAGUUUGCGCGGCUCCUCACGAAGAGGAUUGCAGAACACAAGGAGGACAUUGAUGAUAGACUGGCUGCCGUCAAGAAAGGGUUGGAGACACUCAUCGACACCACGGUCAAGGCGGCCAUUUCCAACUCUGAAGGCGGUCUCUCCAAGUCCGACAUCACCAACCUCGUCAAAAACAUCGUACAGAAGGAAAUCCCUCGAGCGCACCUCGAAGCUGCCGCUAAGGACGGCAUCAUGCGCAACUACCACGACUACAUCGAAACCCAGGUCAACCAUUUCGGCCUGGGCAAUGAAGCUGGUAUCGUUUUAUCGGAAUCAUCCCCUGUCUACACACACGAGUCCCAAACCCUUCCGGGCAACAAGCAUCUGAGCAAGUUGUUCGGUAAGGCAAAGCCCAUCUCAGGCAAAGACCAAUUCGGCCUGGAGGCGGAGUACAUGAUGGCACUCUCUGCCUGGAAUGACGUUGGCCAGUGCUGGUGCGCCGGCAUCACAGCUAGCAGAGGCGCCGAGCUCGCCGUGGAGAUGGCCAACCUUGUCAUUCCGCAAGCCAUCGUCGUCGAGCACGUCCACCCGAACGCGACGAAUUAUCCCGGGGCCAUGCCUAAGGACAUCGAAAUCUGGGGGUACUACCCGGAAGCGGAUGACAACAAGCGUCUCCUGGCUUGGAUGGACGAACUGUAUCCAGGAGAGCGCGAAGCUGACUUGAAGAGGAUCGACGAGGACAAGAAGUCACUGUCCUUGAUCAACAAGAAGUACGUCAAGAUCGGAGAGCUCGAGUACGACUAUGCAAAGACCAGCGGUAGCCACGGCAUGUUUGUCUACAAGCUGUCGGAGGAACUGCUCGAUCUGGAUGCGGCGACGUACAAGGUGUUGGUCAGAGCCAAGACCAACCACGGGGCGCAGGAUCAUACUUGCUUCUACCGGCUGCAAUUGUUUGGUGAGGAAGUGGAGUUUGAGUAUGAGAAGUAA